AUGACAGAAGUACCGGCCAGUGCGGUAUUGAAUGACGGAAGUGACCAUACGAAGAAGUCGAAGAAGAGGAGGCGAGAAGAUAUACUGAAAGACGCCGUCGGCAAUGGCGAUUUUGGCGGCAGCAAACCUUCCAAAGAGGAGCGGAGAGAGGCAAAAAGGCUGAAGAAAUUGGGCGAAGAGCGAGGCGCUGGUCCAGAGACAGAUGAGGUUCUGCAAAUAAAUGGCAACGUGGGUGAAGUCGAAAAAGCUGCCGCCAAUGGAGACAAAAGCGAGAGCAAGCUCUCGAAAGAGGCGCGAAAGGAAGCAAGACGAUUGAAAAAGCUGGCGAAGGAGCAGGAAAAUGGUCAUGCAGUAGCUGAACAACUGCCAUCAAAUAACAGCGUCAAUGGAAUAGACAAAGCUUCGGAUAAAGCUACUCUGAAGGCGGAGAAGGCACGCUUGAAAGCGGAGAAGAAGUCAGCGAAGACGGAAAACACUGAUGGUGGAUCGCAACCAAAUUCUACCAAAGGCACAUUCGAUUCAGGCUCGGGCUAUGUGAAAGACCAGGUCCUCGCUGCGCUCCCCCAAUCUGAAAUCGACGACUUUCUCUCUACUAAUUUCAUCACAAUCAGCGAUCCAACUUCCUCAACCAAUCUCCGCCCCAUAACCCAGUUCUCCCAUCUCCCCACUCACCACACCACUUCUCCCUCGCCGUUUACCGCCUUCAAAAGUCCGACCCCAAUUCAAUCAGCCGCCUGGCCCUUCCUUCUCUCGGGCCGCGACGUAAUCGGCGUUGCAGAGACUGGCUCUGGCAAGACCCUCGCCUUCGGUGUCCCAUGCAUACGGUCUAUAACUAGCUCAUCCAGGACGAGAGGCUCACCAGCCAGAGCCGUCAUUGUGUCCCCAACCCGCGAACUUGCCGCACAAAUCCACACUCAGAUGGAGACUCUCGCCUCCCCUGCCCACCUCUCCACCGUCUGUGUCUACGGCGGCGUUCCCAAAGACCCGCAACGCUUGGCCCUGAAAACCGCACACAUAAUCGUCGCUACCCCAGGCCGACUGAACGAUCUUAUAAACGAAGGCUCUGCCGAUCUCAGCAAUGUCAAUUACGUGGUUCUCGACGAAGCAGACCGCAUGCUCGACAAAGGCUUCGAGGAAGAAAUCCGAAAAAUCAUCGCCACCACUCCCACAAAAGGCCGCCAGACCCUCAUGUUCACAGCCACCUGGCCCCCUUCCGUCCGGGACCUGGCAUCCACCUUCAUGAAAACCCCCGUCCACAUCUCCAUCGGCGCCGACAACCCCACCGGCGAACUCCGCGCCAACACCAAAAUCACCCAACUCGUCGAAGUCGUCGACCCGCGGCAGAAAGAGACGCGCCUCCUGCAACUCCUGAAACAGCACCAAGGCGCCGGAGCCACGAAGAACGACCGCAUCUUGGUAUUCUGCCUCUACAAAAAGGAAGCCGCGCGCAUCGAAAGCUUCCUGAGCGCCCGCGGGAUGAAAGCCGCCGGCAUCCACGGCGACAUGUCGCAGGACAAGCGCACCGCGUCCCUCUCGGCCUUCAAAACGGGCACCUGUCCCCUCCUCGUCGCCACCGACGUCGCCGCCCGCGGGCUCGACAUCCCCGCCGUCAAGGCCGUCAUCAACGUCACCUUCCCGCUCACGGUCGAGGACUACGUGCACCGCAUCGGCCGCACGGGCCGCGCGGGCGCGGACGGGUUGGCCAUCACGCUGUUCACGGAGCACGACAAGGCGCAGUCGGGGGCCUUGAUCAACGUGCUGAGGGCGGCGGGGCAGGAGAUCCCGGAGGAGCUGUUAAGGUUUGGGACGACGGUUAAGAAGAAGGGUCAUGAGGCCUAUGGGGCGUUUUAUAAGGGUCCAGGCGUUGGGGGGAAGAAGGAGGGGACGAAGAUUAAAUUUGAUUGA